AAACGACCUACAUUCUCGCAUCGCCGCCGUUUCCAGAGAUCCUGCCCACUUGUUGGAUUCCUUGAGAAGGAUGGGCCAAGCACUCACAGCAUGCUGUCCUCGGACGCCGUCAAGAUCGACCUUGGAUGACUUGGACGAGGAUAAGCGGCCCAUGCUGUACCGACCGCCCCAAACGGCGGCGCCAGUGCUGCCCGUGGAAGCCAGUCGCAUGAAAUCACCGAACCUGCAUACACCCUUCGACAGCACGCGCAAGUCGCUUUCCCCACUGGUCCCGUCACCGCCAUCCUUCUUCAAACGCCUCGACUCGUACAUCCACGUGAACGCGCUGCGGGCAUGGGACGUGUUUGCGGCCAUGGACAUGAACAACAACAAGCGCAUUACGCUGGAGGAGCUCCUCGAUGGUCUGCAUCAAAUCAACUUUCACGUGUCGCCCACAGAUCAAUCCGACCUCGUGGAAUGGAUGCAUGAUGCCGUGGACGCGGACGGCCUGACGUUCAAGGAGUUUGCGCUGGCUUUGAAAUUGCGCUCGUCGAUGGCGUCGCCCCAACGAGCCAAGCCACCACCAUCCAAACAACGGCUUUCGAAGUGCACAUAGCCUACCUAUAUAGUAAGCUGCGCCGUGGGAAUCCCAGUAUUCGUAAUACUAUCGAAGUUUCAUGUGGUCAGGUC